UAGAACAGAACUUACUUAAAUAUAAAUAGAAGCGUGUGUUUCGCCAUCCUCUUUUCACUAUUUUCAGUUUUUACUUUUAUUCUCUUUUUCUCUAUUUCUCUCUGAGAUCAUGGCUUCCUCUGUUUCCACUGGAGUGAAAUUUGUUCCGGAAGAAGACAAUUUCUUGCAAAGACAUGUCGCUUUUUUCGACAGGAACAAAGAUGGUAUCGUGUAUCCUUCCGAAACAUUCCAAGGAUUUAGAGCGAUCGGAUGUGGAUAUCUGUUGUCAACAGUCGCUUCUGUGUUCAUAAACUUAGGUCUCAGCAGAAAAACUCGUCCGGGCAAAGGAUUCUCGUUCAUGUUUCCUAUAGAGGUUAAGAAUAUUCACCUUGCCAAACAUGGUAGUGACUCAGGUGUUUACGACAAAGAUGGACGGUUUGUGGCUUCGAAGUUCGAGGAGAUAUUUGCGAAGCAUGCACACACGCAUCGCGAUGCUUUGACUAACCAGGAACUUAAAGAACUCUUAAACGCAAACAAAGAACCUAAUGAUCGUAAAGGAUGGCUUGCGGCGUAUACGGAGUGGAAGAUAUUGCAUUAUUUGUGCAAAGACAAGAACGGUUUGUUGCACAAAGAUACAGUGAGAGCUGCCUACGAUGGCUCUCUUUUCGAAAAACUCGAGCAACAACAAAGAUCUUCCAAAACUUCUAAGAAACAUCCAUAGAUAAUCCUUAUUUAAAUAAUGUUUUUCUGCUUGUGUGCGAUCUAUCUUAUUAUAUAAAAAGUUAGUAAUUCAAUGUUGUUGUUAAUUACUAUGGUGUGAAGAUUGCAAUGUGUUUGAUUUUAUAAAAUAAUAUUUUUCGUAUAUUUGAUUA